UCCUCUUCAAAAGCAUCGUCACACCAGUACUGUCAGUACUUUGAUUUUAGAGAGUAUGGUUAUUUAGUAUAUUGUAACCUAGAGAUCGAAACAUGUCUUUCGGAGGAUUUAGUUUUGGUGCAAAUACUACUACAACAACUGGAACCACCCCUGCAGCAGGUGGUUUCAGUUUUGCUGCUUCAACAUCUGCCCCUGCCACAACGUCAGCAGGUGGCUUCUCAUUUUCUACCCCUCUGGGAGGGAUGGCAUCCAGCACUGGCUCCAGUGGGUUUUCACUUCCCAAACCAGCAGGCAUAGCACCUCUGUCAGGAUUCAGCCUUGCGGGUCCAGCCACCACUGCUGCCACUGGCACUGCAUCCGGCUUUAGCUUGACCAGUACCUCUACCGGCCCUACAUCAGGGUUCAGCUUGACAGGGCUGACUCAUGCCAAGACGACCUCAUCCGAGGUCACAUUUGGUGGGCUGGGAGCCGGCACUGCCAGUACAGGCAUGGGCACCACAAGUAUGUUUGGUGGGCAGGGAGCCAGCACUGCCGGUACAGGCAUGGGCACCACAAGUAUGUUUGGUGGGCUGGGAGCUGGCACUGCCAGUACAGGCAUGGGCACCACAAGUGCUGCAACACCUUCCUUUGGUUUCACAAAUCCUCUUGCUACUACUGCUGCUUCAACCUCAUCUGGUUUUGGGUUAGGAGGUGGACUUUCUCUGGGCACAUCAGCAACUACCACCACCUCUUCUGCCUUUGGGGCUGGGCUGUCAGGGUUUGGCGUCACAGGGAGCACAGCUGGUGGCAGCAUUUUUGGAGGUGCUGUAGCAAAAACUACAUCUGCAGGCCUGGGAGGUGUGGAUCCAAAAACAUCGACUUCAAAUGCUGCGUCUGAUCCAAGUAAAGCUGGAGAUGGCAAGACAGUCAAGGAAAUGCAGGUGGAGACCAACAUUCUCCUAGAUGUCGAUGAACUCAGGAAGUUUGUUAAGGAGGAGCUGACAGAGAUGGAGCAGAUGAAGCGACUGUCAGUGACCCCGAUGAUGAAGGUACAGGAGGACAACACGGCGUUGCGCCAGCUCCUCUCACUUGUGUCAAGUGGGCUCCAGAGAAACACUUGUGCCGUGGACAACCUCAAAAAGGACAUGACUCAGGAACUGAAGAAUGCAGAGAUGGCAGUCCGGACCAAGGAGACCCCACCAGGCCUGCAGUAUGAGAACACGGCCCCUACAGUGUACUUCCAAAGCCUUAUAGAACACUUUGAGAGCCAGAUGCUGCAGUAUCGUCAGCAGAUAGAGAUGCUGGAGAGUCACCUUGCCUCUGUUCACCAGCCAAAUAGGCUCACAAAUGAGGAGCUGAUCCUGUUGCUGAGGCGACUGCAUGAGGCCUUCAUCGCCAUGGCAGCACAACUCCACCAGGUCCAUGAAGCUGUUAAGACACAAAAAGAGCACUACCUUAACUACAGGAAAGUGUUCCAAGGGGACACUAGGAACAUAUUUGAGCGACAGAAAAAAGCGCCAGUUCGCGUGUCCGCCCCCUCCUAUGCAGAAAUGUAUGGUCAGCCCCCUUUCCCCGGGGUGAACAAUGCUACUGCAGUUGCUAUGGCUACAGCGCUGAACCGCGCCCAGCAGCCCAACCCCCAGACCGGUGCUCCACCUGUCACAGGCUUCAGCAGCUUUGGAUCUACAACAGGCCUUGGUUCAACAUCUUCUACAGGCUUUGGAUUUGGCACAAGUUCUACUCAGUCAGCAGGCUUCAAAGGUUUUGGUACAGGUGGAGGUCUGUUUGGUGGCAACUCCUCCAACCUGGCGACCACCCAGUCUGGUUCCCUGUUUUCAAGCCCGUUACCAGGCACCGUUGGGCAGACAACUCUAGGUGGGGACCAGUCCUUUCAGCUCAGUAAGCCUCCAGCUGGCGCAAAACGAAAUAAGAGAUAGGAGCUUUUCUGUCUGAUCAGAGGUCCGUAACAUGUGGUCAUGUUAGCGGGAAUUCUUGUGUGGAUUUGAUUCCUGUUGGAAUUUGAAUAAUUAGUGCUGAGAAUUUGUGGCAAUUGUGGUCAUGUUAGUCUUCGGAUAUUAUUUUGAAAGGUGUUUUGAAAUGAUAUACGAUAUUAUUUCUUAAUCUUAAUCUUUGAUAAAAUUGUGCUUGACACUGAACAAUAAUUUAGUAAGUGACACAACUAUGUGAAUUUCUGCAAAUCUUUAGGAUAAUAUGAACACCGUUUUGGAAAUAAAACCAGUGCAAAUGUUCAGUUAUAUGAACCACAACAUUUGAAAAUGGAUGUCGUAUGCAUCCAUGGAGUGUGAUCAGAAGCUAUACUGUCAAAUGUAGACACACAAAGAUUCAUGUUCUUAUUAGCAGAUAGCGUACCGCCUGACCAGACUGCGAAUGGGCAUGCUUAUCUGGAGCUAUUCUGGCUGCAUAUGGCAUAAGACCCCUUUUUGCAUGAGGCAGGUCAUAAGACAUCAUUUUCUGGAAUAUUUGAAUAUUGAAUCUAUUGCAAAGCUUGUCUUUUAAGCAAUUUUUAUGUCCCCAGUAAGUUGGCAUAUAGCAGUUAAACUGUCCAUCAGUCUGUGCUUCCGUCCAAAAACUUUUACAUUGGUCAUAACUUUUGCAAUAUUGAAGAUAGCAACUUGAUAUUUGGCAUGCAUGUAUAUCUCAUCAAGCUGCACAUUUUGAGUGGUGAAAGGUCAAGGUCAACAUCUUCCUUCGAGGUUAAAGGUCAAAUAUAUGCCGUCUGUCCAAAAACUUUAACAUUGGUCAUGACUUUUGCAAUAUUGAAGAUAGCAACUUGAUAUAUUGCAUGCAUGUGUAUCUCAUGAAGCUGCACAUUUUCAGUGGUGAAAGGUGAAGGUCAUGCUUUAAGUUCAAAGGUCAAAUAUAUGGCGUCUGUCUGUCCGUCCGAAAACUUUAACAUAGUUUAUAAGUUUGCAAUAUUGAAGAAAGCAACUUGAUAUUUGGCAUGCAUAUGUAUUUCAUGGAGCUGCACAUUUUGAGUGUUGAAAAGUCAAGGUCAUCCGUCAAAGGUCAAGGGCAAAGGUCAAAUUUUGCAAUCUUGAAGAUAGCAACUCGAUAUUUGGCAUGCAUGUGUAUCUCAUGGAGCUGCAUAUUGUGAGUGGUGAAAGGUCAAGGUAAUCCUUCAAGGUCAAAGGUCAAAUUUUGCAAUAUUUAAGAUAGCAACUUGAUAUUUUGCAUACAUGUGUAUCUCAUGGAGCUGCACAUUUUGAGUGGUGAAAGGUCAAGGUCAAGGUCGUCCUUAAAGGUCAAAUAUAUGGGGUCUGUCCGUCUUUCUGUCCGAAAACUUUAACAUUGUUAAUAACUUUUGCAAUAUUGAAGAAAUCAACUUGAUAUUUGGCAUGCACGUGUAUCUCAUGGAGCUGCACAUUUUAAGUGGUAAAAGGUCAAGGUAAAGGUCAUCUGUCAAGGUCAAAGGUCAAAUUUUGCAAUAUUGAAGAUAGCAACUGGAUAUUUGGCAUGCAUUCAUAUCUCAUGGAGCUGCACAUUUUGAUUGGUGCAAGGUCAAGGUCAUCCUUCAAGUUCAAGUUCAAAGGUCAAAUCGUGCAAUAUUGAAGAUAGCAACUCGAUAAUUGGCAUGCAUGCGUAUCUCAUGGAGCUGCGCAUUGUGAGUGGUGAAAUGUCAAGGUCAUUCUGAAAGGUCAAAGGUCAAGGUCAAAUUUUGCAAUAUUGAAGAUAGCAACUCGAUAUUUAGCAUGCAUGCAUAUCUCAUGGAGCUGAACAUUAAGAGUGGUGAAAGGUCAAGGUCAUCCUUCAAGGUCAAGGCCAAAGGUCAAAUUUUGCAAUAUUUAAGGAAGCAACGCGAUAUUUGGCAUGAAUGCGUAUCUCAUUGAGCUGCACAUUUUGAGUGGUUAAAGGUCAAGGUCAUCCAUCAAGGUUAAAGGUCAAAUAUAUGGCUUUAAAGUGGCGCAGUAGGGGGCAUUGUGUUUCAUGAACACAGCUCUUGUUGUUUUUAACCUUUACAUUUUCAUAUUAUUUACAUGAGGAGCCAUUUAAUUGGAACCAUAUUUUAUACAGUAUAUAGCAUCAAUAACAAAGUAGGAUAAGGAUUAGGAAAAGUGUGUCAUCUUAGAACAAAAUGAUGUUGUUAGAAGGAUUAGUGGAUCAAGCUUAGUUGAGUUUAAAUUUGUCAUUUGCAUUGAUAUAUUCUUGGAAAAUAUAAACAAGACCAAGAAACUAUAGGUUAUAGGAAAAUAAGAAAAAUCAACACACAUGGGUAUGUACAAUUAUUUAUUUGCACAUAAAUCAUUAUAUGUUACUUUGUAGUGUUGAUUUUACUUUUAUUUUUUGUCAAUAAGGCAUUUCAGUUUCUUCUAUUUGAUAAGUACUAGAUAUGAAUUACUUUUUCUUUCUCAUGUUUGUGAAAAUUGAUAGGCAGUGGAGUGUAAGAAGAUUGUAUAAUAAAAAACGUAAAUGUA